CUUUCUCUAUAACAUAGAAUGGUUAUUGUUUCAAGUUUUUUUGUAUAUAGGCUGUAAAAAUGGGGCAAGUUUUUGGCUGUGUUAAAGUGAGAGAAUCAACGGUCGCUGUGAAGGAACAGUGGGGGAAGUUCAACGAGGUGCUCGAGCCCGGCUGCCAUUGUAUGCCGUGGUGUAUAGGGUACAGCAAGGCUGGCUUGUUGUCGUUGCGAGUGCAGCAGGUUGAGGUUCGUUGCGAGACAAAAACUAAGGAUAAUGUGUUUGUUAUGGUUGUUGCUUCGGUGCAAUACCGAGCGAUGGCAGAGAAGGCGCCGGAUGCGUUUUAUAAGCUAACAAAUGCAAAAGCACAAAUACAAGCUUAUGUUUUCGAUGUGAUAAGGGCGACUGUGCCGAGGCUGGAUUUGGAUUCAGCCUUCGAGCAGAAGCAUGAUGUUGCGAAAUCUGUGGAGAGCCAACUCGAUAAGGCCAUGUCGACCUACGGGUUUCAGAUUGUGCAGACACUGAUUGUCGACAUCGAACCGGAUGUUCAAGUUAAAAAAGCCAUGAAUCAGAUAAAUGCAGCCAGCCGACUGAGGGUGGCCGCGAGCGACAAGGCAGAAGCAGAGAAAAUUCUGGAAAUCAAGAAAGCCGAGGGGGAAGCUGAAUCCAAGUACUUGUCGGGCAUGGGAAUCGCUCGACAGAGGCAGGCUAUCUUAGACGGGCUGCGCGAAAGCGUGCUCGCCUUCUCGGGGUCCUUAAGGCCUCGGGAGGUGAUGGACUUAGUUCUCAUGACUCAGUACUUCGACACAAUGAAGGAAAUAGGAGUGCAGUCGAAGUCUUCGGCUGUGUUCAUCCCGCACGGCAUCGGCGCCGUCGAGGACAUCUCGACGCAGGUCAGGGAUGUGCUUCUCCAUGCCAACUACGUCGAGCAUUAGCCAUAGCCAUAUUAUAGCCAUGGCUUGAUGUGUGUGUAAUGUGUAUCAAUCUAUUUAUAUAUAUAUAUGCCUUCUUAAUUUCAUUCAUGAUUAAUUAGAUGUAGUUUUAUUUGGUUUGUGUGCAUCUAACUAGUAUGUUGCCGUUUCUAUUUGUUAUGUUUCUUUUCAUAAUGAUCAAUAUAUUAUGUGUUAAACUAUCAUAUCAAAAUAUUAUUUAAAUUAUUUCAAAUAAAAACUCAUUCUCAGUCUUGGCGAC